AUGGAGUUUAUGGACGGUGGAGACUUUCAUAGUUAUCUGCGUAACAAAAGCAAAGAUCAUAGCCCGGUGCUAUUACUAAAAAUGCUGUGUCAUGCUGCGAGUGGGAUGUCAUACCUAGAAAGUAAAAAAUGCAUCCAUAGAGAUUUGGCUGCCCGCAAUUGCCUAAUGACAAGCGAUUAUACUUUAAAAAUAAGUGAUUUUGGAAUGGCACGGGAAGGAGAUGAUGAAGACGUCUAUUUGGUUACUGAUCGGACAAAAAAGAUGCCUAUUAAAUGGACAGCACCAGAAGCUGUUCAUUAUGGACGCUUCACUACCCAAAGUGAUGUUUGGAGCUACGGAGUGCUAUUAUGGGAAGCGUUCUCCUAUGGCCAUAUGCCCUAUCCUGAUAUGGAUAAUCGUAAGGCUUUGAAAUUUGUUGAAGAGGGAAAUCGGAUGAGUGAACCUAAAAAUUGUCCGCCAGGUGUUUACCAAAUAAUGUUGGAUUGUUGGUAUGAAAAACCGGAAGACAGACCAUCAUUUGCUUCCAUCUUCCAACGUAUUGAGAAAUUAUGUACAUAA